UAUUUCUCGAAAAAUAUUCAUAUUACAUGCAAUUGUUGUGCAACAUUUGAACUGAAAUAGGUACAAAAAUAUCUUAAAACGAUUAUAUACACUGGAAACCUGUAGCCUACCUGGAUCAGAAAAAUAUGUUUUGUGCUUCCCUGAGAAGAGACUAAUUAAAUGAAAGCUUACAACUACAGGAAUAACCAUGAUUAGAGUUGUUUGCAUAAAAUAUCAUUUUAUGCAAACAUUUAUGUUUGCCCUGUGAGAGACAGGUGACAUUUUAUCUCCAAAAAUACUAUUUUCUCAAUUUUGCACAUAUUUUCACCUACCUACAUCAACUUGCUCCAUCAAUAUUGUCACCACAUAUUUUACAUUUACACAAUUUUACGAUUUAUGCAACAGAUGCUCUUUAGUCAUCAAUUAUCUUUUUAUAUAAAAACAAGAAGUGUAAAAAAGUUAAACUUAAUAAAUAGCUGUGAUUUACACUUUUGUUUAACUGUAGUGAAACAGUUUUCAAUACAGUUAAAUAAAAAUAAGAGUUGUAUGUAUAUUUUACUAAAAUAUAUUGUAUGGGCUACUAUAGACAACAGACAACAGAUGCUCUUUACUCAUCUCACUUGCACAAAAAUAAAUGCAGUAAUUAAUAGAAAUUCACAGGGGAAAUACAAACUCUGAACAUUAUAUGCAAACCUAAUAAUUGAAUUACAUAUUAAAUAAUACAUACAGUUUUAACAAAUAAAGUUACUAAACCAUACACUGAGUCCACAUCGUAUUAUCAUGCUUAUUUAUAUCUCUGAUGAGGAUUGAUACUUCAGUUGUCAAUAGUAAACAUUAGAUUUUGGUGAGGGUAGAGUGGUGUUCCAACAGAAGGCAGUUUUGAGCCAUUUAGUCCCCCAGAAGUUAACAAAAUCAGGAAAUAUAUAUUACACAAGUGUUUUGUAUGAAUGAAGAGAUCCCUGUGAUUUCACUAACCACUGAGCCUGAACUGCAGAAUCAACAGGAGAAAGAAUGAAAGAUAAUAUCUCUUUGAAUUACCACACAGAAGUACACAAUAAUAUAAGAAUGAUGUUUUCUUUUGUCUCUGAUAGACCACCAUCUUCUCUUUAAUUUUAAAAACAUUCAUUAUAUCUAGCCAAGUUUCAUACAGUAUAUACGUUUCUCCUUACAGCAAAUGUGAACGUUGCUAAGACCGGAAGAGUAUGAGUGGAAGUAAACAUGCAUGCACUCACAUCGCCGAAGCUCACAGGCGCCAUCUUGUGCACCUAGCCCAUUGCCCCCGAGAGCUCUGAGAUCACUUUCCCCACGUUAGUCACCACCUCUCUGUCUUUUGAGUCUCUCCCAUCUAAAACCUUCUCCUCCCAAUAACCACAGGUGAAAGCAAUCAAGUCCGGCUUGCACUAUCACAGCCAAUUACAAAAUCACCACUCUACUCAGAAAGGAUGUUUCUGCACACCACAGAAUAUUCGACUUUCAGUUCCAGAGCGAGAAUGUCACCGUAAAAUGUAGUCAUUUAUGUAGGCCUGAACUAGGUAAAAUAAGUUCAGACUGCAAAAGUCCUGCAUAUCUGUUGCAAUUUUUUUUUUUUUUUUUUGAGGAGUCCUUUUUGAGCUCACAGGAGAAGUGGCAUGUGACUGUGAGCAACAUUGUAGAUUUUAUGACCAAAAACUGAUUUUUAGGAAGGAAAGUAACUUUUUUUUUUUGUCCAGCAAUCAUUUUAUUGGGACUUACAUAACCCAAAGUAAUUGUUUCUCUAAUUAAAUGUGAUGCUUUGCAUUCGUGCUAACAGCUAAAUGCUAAAACAGUUAGCUCUCAAUGAGUCCAGUUAUCAAUCAAAUUCUCUGCAAAUUAAGGCAAAGUCAUGUGAGUUUUUUGUUGCGCAUGAAGGGAUUUAUGUGGUAAAUGAGUUUUUAUUGUAGUUUAUGAGCAUGUCUUCUUAUCAGUUAAAAACGGUAUCCACCUCAUUUGAGCGCAUGUUGUGUGUGUGUGUGUGUGUGUGUGUGUGUGUGUGUGUGUGUGUGUUGUUUAGAAUUUAUUAGCAUCUUGUCAUUUCUAUCCAGCGUUUUUUGUGUGAUACCACAAAAUUCACAAAAAAUAGGUGGAUGGCAACAUAGCUAGUGACUGAAUGUGACAGGAAUACAGUAUACACACUCACACAAACACACACUGCAGUUUGUGUGUGUGUGUGUGUGUGUGUGUGUGUGUGUGUGUGUGUGUAAAAUUUAAAGUCCUAAAAGAAAUACAAUUAAUGUUUUUGUCACUUUAAAUUGUUCACUAUAUUAAAAAACGAUAAUUCUUUGUUCUUCAGUAAAUUACCUGUGCCACCUUCACAUGAGCCAGAUCUUAUUUCAGCAAAUCACAUAGUGUUACUAUGCCCAGCUAGUGUUACAACUCAUCCCAGUAGUAGGUUGUAACAACGGAACUCUUUGUAUUUGACAUUAGGCUACCUUAUAAUCUGAGAUCGUGUAGAAAAAACGUCACAUGUCCAAGUCAGUUUUAUUUAUAGUAGACAAAUGUGGCUACCGUGUAUCAAAGUUUGAAAGAGAUCUAACGCAAACAAUCAUCAGUUAGGCUAUGCUGAAACAAAAAGUGUUACUACCAUCCCUGGUCUCCUAUCAUAAUUUCUUUCAGGAAAGACAAAUCUAGUUUUACUGAAUUUAUUCUUCAUUCAAUUCAAUCAUUAUUCUUUAUCAUAGUUGUCAGCGAACAUAGCCUACUAAAAUGUUUGUUUUUUUAUUAGAAAUUGCUGAUGCUGUUCAGUCUGUGUGUGCUCGCGCGGCUGGGGCGUGGCCAUGAGCUUUGAUGUACAGCCAGAGCUCUGACUGUUUUCCGCGAGCUGCUUGAAAAGCCAUGUGUUGCGCUCACGGUGCGUCACAUUACUUCCCUACCGCUUCUGCAACAUGUACCUUAGGACACAAAUGCAAGCCAGUUUAAAGAGGAACGUCAUACAAUAAAAACAGCUCUGAAAUAAGGAUGGCCGUGUUGGCAAAUCACAAACUUUGGAGAUCCGUGGAUUAUUGCAGUUUGGAUCUUUUACCACUGGACAAGCAACACAGAGUGACAGACUCAUGACAUCCUAACUAGCCUACUGUCUAAAGGUGUUUCUCUGUGAAGUGUGCAGCAAUGGAUUCGCUGUACAUCGCUAUUGAGCUGGUGAUCGCCGUAGUGUCAAUCGCUGGUAAUGUGCUGGUGUGCUGGGCUGUGACCAUCAACUCCACUCUCAAGAAUGCAACCAAUUACUUUCUGGUGUCACUAGCCGUGGCAGAUAUUCUGGUUGGCUGUCUUGCCAUCCCUUUUGCCAUCACUAUAAGCAUUGGUCUGCGCUCAGACUUUUAUGGAUGUCUUUUCCUGGCGUGUUUUGUUCUGGUAUUGACUCAAAGUUCAAUAUUUAGUCUUCUGGCGGUUGCCAUCGACAGAUAUCUGGCUGUAAAAAUCCCCUUGAGGUAUAAGGAGCUUGUCACAGGGAAAAGGGCAAGAGAGAUCAUUGCCAUUUUAUGGAUCUUAUCCUUUAUCAUUGGACUCAUCCCAUUUGUGGGCUGGAACCGUAAGGACUUGUCCUGUUCCAGAAACGAAAGCAGCUCUAUACAGACUGGCAACAGCAGUGAUGCUGCUGACAUGGAAUCAGGCUUUCUGCAAAGCUGCUGCCUCGAGUGCUUCUUCGAGAAUGUGGUGGACAUGAGCUACAUGGUGUACUUCAACUUCUUCGGUUGCGUGCUGCCACCUCUGCUCAUCAUGCUGGGCAUUUACAUCAAGAUCUUCACAGUAGCACGUAAACAGCUACGUCAGAUUGAGCUCAAAUGCAGCGUGAGUAACGGCGAGAAUCACCACCAUGGCCUGCUGCAAAGGGAAAUACGUGCCGCUAAAUCGCUCUCCAUCAUAGUGGGCCUGUUCGCUCUCUGUUGGUUGCCUGUGCACAUCUUGAAUUGCCUCACUCUCUUCUACAGUGAGCUGGAGAAACCCAGUUUCAUCAUGAACAUUGCCAUCAUCCUCUCGCACGCCAACUCCGCCGUUAAUCCCAUUAUCUAUGCCUACCGUAUUCGGGAGUUCAGAGUGACUUUUAGGAAGAUUCUGAACCGGCACUUCCUUUGUCGACGGGACGAGUUGUAUCGCAGCUCCAAUGGAAGCAACAGUCACAGAGACCAGAUUACAAUGACCAUUGACCCUCUACUAUAGACAUCUUUGUCAAAAAAUUUGGGAGAAAUGUUUACAGGCCAAUGAACUGCAAACAACAUAAUCAUGUAUUAAGAUGUCUAGCGUGGCCCACUAUUCAUGAAGACCUUCUUUGAUAUUUUGGACACCUUCUAACAUUUUCAGGAUUAAACUGUGAAAAAAAAACUCACUACAAAUCUGUGGAAAUAUUUAUAGAUUGCAUUUCCAAACAUUUUGGAAAUUGCAUUUCCAAACACUAACAAACUAGAGCAGUGGCCUUAGCACAUGAAUUAAAGCUAAGAGCAGUCAGUGUGUCUCUGGAAAUGCUGAACGAUGAACUGAACCACGUAUGAGAAACCUACAUGAAGAUCCUGUAGAACAAUAAAAUAGUAAUCUUAGGCAGCUUUAGUUAAAUCUUCAAUGAUCACUCAUCUGUAGAACAGCCCAGAGGAACAAUCUGAAAUUAUAAGGCACAUCAGAUGAAUACACCACUGUGGAACAGGGUACACAAAGAAACUGUUUCUGGGUGCUUGAAUGUAUCAGGACUUAUUGCGUUUUAUUAUUUAUUUAUUUUUUAAUGAUUGAGAUGAUUGUUUUAGACUGCUCAGGAACACACAUGAAGUAAAGGCAAAUUUCUGAACCCAUAACAGAAAGAAAACCAAUUAUAAAACCAUGUACACAGCCAAUGAUAAAAAAAAAAAGAAUUACCCCACUUUUAGUCUUUUCAUCAUUUAAAAGGCAUGUUUUCUAAUGUGUUACAUUAUAGGAGUACUGGCCAAUCCACAGCUAAAGCCAAGUUUACACUACAGGACUUUAAACGUUGGCAGAUCGCUGUGCUGUUCAAACUACGUGACUCUAUGUAAAUGGAGUCUUGAAGUCGUUGUGGUGUUCACACUAUGUGACACUAUGUAAAUGAUCCGCAACAGGGGGUUACACACUACACGAGCUGACAACAACUGUCACCCAACGACUUUAUUUAAAAAUGGAUGUUGGGAGGGAAUUAGAUUAAAUUUUGAAUUAAAUUUAAUUAAAAUUAAUAUAACCCUUUCACACAUAAGUUUAAUAUUCUGGCUGACCUCCCAGAGUUAAGGCCACUGUUAUUUUAAAACGUUUCCCUUUAUUGUUUCCCUGACGCCGCGUCAUGCAUGUCACACCGCGGCCAGCCGGCCACAGCCACACUAUAUGACAGAUGUAUAGCUUUUCUCACUAUGUCAUCAACUAUCUGAUAUUCCGAUUCUUAAAUAUGUGCAAGUGAGUGUUUUGUCAUUUAAAAACCUAUAUAAUGACCUUGAUCUUAAUAUAUAACGUGAAUUCAUCCAUUUGUACCAAAAUACAUGUGGCCGGUGAACUGGGAGAACAAUAGAGUGAGUGAGCUUUAUAGUUAUAGAUACACAACGUGUAUCUGAUAUGAAUAAUCAUCGGCAAAUUAUAUUUGAAUGGAUUGUUAUUGUUGCUUCCAUAGACAUCAGUGUAUAUUUCCAAAGACUAUAGAAUAACACAAUAUGUGUCACUCGUAUUGUUUUGAAUGAGAGAAUGUGCAACGCGCAAUAUGGCGGAAUAAGUCCCGCCUUCUAAAUAAGAGCCAAUCACCGAUUGGUAAAGUCAUCGCGUCACUGUAGCGGCCAUUAAAAGCAGACGUGUUUGUUGGCGUUUGUUGGUGCGGUGUGAAUUGGCCUUUAUUCCUACGCCCUAUGACGCUUUGGGCAAAUUAUGGGUGUAACUUCUGUUAAGAGAUGUUUUAUUUUUAAACUGGGUACAAUGAGACGACAUUAUUCUACUCACCCUUCAACCAACGAACAUUAAAAGGACAUUUAAAAGUGUAAAAGUAUCAACAAGGUACUUUCAACAGGCCAUGAAAAAGCGCGAUUCUUUCUACAGCAAUAACGGACGGGAUAAAUAUAACUAUAGUGAUAGAUAUCUGUAUUAUGUAAUAUACGUUGCCUUAAUGAAAAUGUUCAUGAGCUUCAGCAUUGCGUGAUACUAUUUCAAAGUGAUUUCCAUCAUUUUUACAGGUAAUAAAUUGUAUUUACCUGUGAAAACAAACCUGGAAAGAGACGUGAGGCUUUGAGGAGAAAAACGAGAGAUUCUUCGUUCAUUCCAGUGAAUUAUUAAUGGGAUAUAUCGUAAAUUAUAUCGGGAGAACAGACCACAAAUGUGCAGUAUAUGUUGUCCUUUUUCAUACUAUUACAGCGGUAUGCAAAGGGACAAAAGAAAAUAAUCACGAGGAUAGAAAGCAGUGACUGAAAAGAGCUCUUGUCAUAGAUAUUCUUGUUAUAACAUGUUACGUUAAAAUACCAAACGUUACGUUAUUCUCAUGAUGUCUGAAAAUAAAUAAAUAUAGAUAUAAAAUGAAAAUAAAUAAAGAAAAAUUGACAGCUCAUUCAGUCAAACUGACGGAUAAGCUUUAUUUGUAGGGCAACCUUAUGAUUUGAAACGAUUUGUUUCAGUCUUUUUAAAUGGAAGUUCCCCAAAACCGGAAGUGGAACCCAUAAUUCGAAACGUAGUAGGCUAGUCAGGAAUAAGGUAGAUAGGAAUAAGGUAGAUAGAAACAGUCAGAUGCACGCUUCCUAUAGAGACGCGCAGUUAGGACUGCGCAUGCGCAUUAGCUUGAUCUAGCCUGAAAAAUGCCCUUUUUUUUGCCAUGAUUCAAGCGUUCAGAAACAAAAUUUAUGAGACAGUUGUUGUCAGAUUUCAUUGGUGAUUUCAAAUAUUAAAUUUAAUCGAAAGCUUGGCAAACAGCUUUAGAGAAUUUGAUGUUUCCCCAUUCAAAGAGAUAGGCGCUACACUUGCAUGCCCGAGAGGCGUUUCAAAGAUGGCCGCCGAGUGAAAUGACUUGUCUUAAAGGGACUUUGAUAUUUCAUUGGCUGUUGCGUCGCGACACGUGACACCACAGGAUAUCGAGUUGGCCGACAGCUCCAGAUAUUUAGCAUGCUAGAUAUUUGUCUGGCGUCUGUGAGGUGACGGCGACGCGUCAGCGAGCCUCUUUGAUGCGUCAAUGAGUAGUUCACACAUAAAGAUUGGCGAGCACCGAUCACUCGCUGAUUCUCCCCCGAUCAGAGCCCGACCUGUCGGCAAGCUCGUUAACUUGCAAAUCGGGCUUAAAAUCCUAUAGUGUAAACUUGGCAUAAGUUAACUUCAGUUUCAUAUCUGAAACCAAAAUGACUCCCACAGAUAUCUCGAUACACAUACUGUAAACACCUCAAAAUGUAUUGCAUUUUUAUGCCAUAUUGUUUUAUAAUAUAAAAACUAAUAAACAUAACUAAUAACUAAUAAUUAUUUAUUAGAACUAAUAAAUAAGCUAUAUUCUUUCAAAUAAAUGCCACUUUGAAGGAGGCACUUUUAAUGGACACACCCUGUUACUACAUGACCAUUAUGCUCUCUUCUUUCUAACAUCUACACAAAGGGGUCCAAAAAUCUGAGACAACUAUUUAAAAUACUGUAUUAUUUUAAUGUUCCUUGAUGUCCACUUAUAAUGUUAAAGUUUUUUGCACACACACACAAAAAAAAUAAAUAUAUCUGAGAAAAAAGAUUAUUUUCAACCCUCAUUCUGACCCUCUCUCUGAAAUGACCCAUUUUUAAGGGGUGGCUCCUUUAAGGCUUGUCAGUAAACGGCCAAUGUUAUGAUUGGCUAACGUCACUGCAUAGGAAACAGUAUCAACAGCAAGUGUUUGAAAACAUUAUCCAUAUAAAACCAUCAUUUAUAGGCAAAGCAUUAUGAGAUUGUUUACUUGUGGUUUGCGAUAUAGCUGCUGUCAGAUCCAAUACAGUUGACUGAUUCAUCUGUCAACAAAAGUUUCUUUUCAAGCUCUUCAUUACAUUGUGCCUCGUUUACAAAACAAUCUUCAGUAAAAUUCUCCAAACAAGUUUAUAAUCCUCAGACACGAUCCACGAUGCUAUUGAAAAUAAACCACCCACUCAUUCCUGAUGCUGGUACCCUUCUGAAGUCACUACAGAAAUUAGAUGUUUAAACAGGACCGAUCAUUCCUCUAUGUUUCCGUUUAUGCUUUCAUUUGUUCUCGUCUGCAGACUCAAGUGCGUGCAGUACAUCAGAAAGUGACUGGGCAUCUGUAUACUGUAUCCACUGUAGACAGCGUCGGUGAUUAUAAUGGGUUUUAUUUGCUUUUGAUGCGAUGCUUGCAUCUGGUGUAGGCAAGUGUCAGCCAUUAAGCGUCUGAAUACCAGUGGGCGGGGCUAGCGGUGCAAUGAUGUAAACUUAUUUGUUGAUGUCUUGCUGAGGUAUAUGAAAAUAUAUUUGCCCGUGUGACGUCACAAAUCUCAGUAUCCAAACGAACCAUUUUGGAGCUUGAUUAAAUGCUUUUUCAAAAGUAAAAAAACAAGAAAACUUUAUUUUAGAACCUUAUAAAGAAAAUUGGAUUUAAAUCCCAUAUUUUCACUAUGGUCUCAGACAUUUGGAGCUCAGUUAUAUCAAUGUCCCCAGAUGUGAUGAUCCAUGUUUCUGAUGUCUGUCUUCUUUUCUAAUGUGUCACAGCCCUUAGGACCCAGUUUGUUAUUGAAUGUCUGACUGUGACAGACUACUCAGACUGAAACAACAGCAGCUGACCUGGAGCAAAGACUGUCUCCUUUAGAGAGAGAUUUACAGUGUCACCACUGGAACUGGAUAGUUUAUAAUGCUCUGUAGUGUCAAUACUGCAACUCUGUUCUAUUAAUCAUCAAGCACCUUUACAGUAUAACCACAGAUCUGGAGAGAGGUCUGCUCUACAUCCAUCAGUGCUUUAACUGGCUCAUCUAGCCUACAUAUCAAAGCAUUACAAAUAUGGUUAUAAAAUGACUGAAAAGCUGAGAACUGGCACGUGCUUCUGAGACUAAGCCUUGGACGUGUAGGUUAUGUCCCAAUCUCCCUUCCUCGCCAAUUAUUUCUCUCUCCAUCAUAUAUCUGUCAAGUGAAAUUGGAAAGAAAGAAAAAAAAGUUGUUAUAUUUGGUGUGCCAUCUGAAGAGAUGUUAUUUCGUUAUUUAAAGAAAAUAGAGUGCAUUUACAUUAUGCACUAAUUAUGUAUGCCAGGUUACAUUAUGUUAAAACCUGACCAAGUGAAAGUUCAUAUCGGUGCUUUAAACUGAUUUCAGAUUCUAAAAGCUGUUUAAAUGAACCCUAAAUGUUGCAAUCUGAUUCAAAUAUUAAUUUGCAUGUGCAUUCCAAACAAAGCUUUAGUGCAUGUUGCAGUUCACAGUCGCCACUUUCAGAACCAGAGAAAGCCACAGCCAUAAUGUUACCAGAGCUAACGCAAGCAUAAUUGAUGUUUUUGCCUUGUUGUUUUGAGAUAUUUAAAAAGAAUGCUGACAUAUCAGAAGAGUUUUUUUUAGCAGUUUCCUUUUUUCCUUUCAGUGUAAGCAAAUUACUUAUCACUGGAAACAGCUGAUUAGGACAGUGUGUGAAUUUCAUCAGCUCUGGUUUUGGUACCCAACUCAAACUGACAGAUGAUGUGUUUGUCCCUGACAGUGACAUGCCUUUUCCAACAGCCCCCAACUAAAACGAGUGCACAUCCACAGCUGUGCCAACAGUCAAACCAUGUUUCUAUUUAUUGAGGGGAAGAAACAUUCUUUAGCAUCAUUUUUGUGUGUUGUAGCUUCUACAUGAUGUAUACUACAGAUAUUUGUUACUAUUCGUAAGGGCUAAACUACAGGAGUGUGCCAGACAUCUUAGACAUUACAAUGGAAACGAAUCUGUACUGCACUGCAACUGUUAGCUGACGGUUUACUGUCUGGAGAAAGCAGUGAAACAAAAGGCCUUUUAACCAGUCAAGUGUACCUGAAUUUUAUUCCUGCCUUUGGAGAAGCAAAAACAAACAAACAAAAAAAAACUGCUUUUAUAUGUGUAUGUUUUUGACGUGUGUAUUUGUCACUAAUCUGUAACACUGUGAUGUUCUCUUUAUGUUGAAAAAAUAGUUUCAUGACAAAAACCUUUAGUAUCAAAAUGGAGUCUUGUUAUUUAACGUACAUACAUCUAUGUAUGGUGAAUUAUUUUGUUAAUAAAAGCCAUUUUGUAUCUUU